GGAGGCGGGCGGAAGAGGCGGCGGGCGAUGGCCGGGUCGCUGCUGCGCAGCGGGGUGCGCCGCUUCCCCUGGCUCUCCAACGUGCUGCUCUACGGGGGGCUCUUCGCGGCGGGGGACGCGGCCCAGCAGCUGUGGCGGCGGCGGCGGCGGGGGCAGCCGCCCGACUGGGCGCAGACGCGGCGCGUAGCGCUGGUGGCCCUCACCUUCCACGGCAACUUCAGCUACGUCUGGCUGCGGGCGCUGGAGCGGGCGCUGCCCGGCCGCCGCCCGCCCGCCGUCCUCGGCAAGGUGCUCUGCGACCAGCUCUUCGGCGCCCCCGUCGCCGUCCUGGCCUUCUACACGGGAAUGAGCAUCCUUCAGAGGAAAGAGGACAUCUUUUCAGACUGUAAAAAGAAAUUCUGGAAUACCUACAAGACGGGACUGAUGUACUGGCCUUUUGUGCAGCUGUCAAACUUCAUUUUGGUCCCUGUUUACCUGCGAACAGCUUACACUGGGCUCUGUGGCUUUGUCUGGGCUACCUUCAUUUGCUUUUCCCAACAGAGUGGAGAUGGCACAGCAAAGUCAGCAUUUAUGUGGCUCCAAAGAGAGAAGGCCAAUACAGAUGAAGAAUCAUCAGAGAAAUAAGAACUUUAGUUCUCAAUACAUUCUAAAUUGUUAAACUGAAUUUAUGAAAGUCAGUAAAGUACCCUCCAGCCUUAUUGCUGUGUUUAGAAUAAACAGUCAUCUCAACAUUUGUUGGUUAGUGUAAGCAGUGGAACAGUUUGUCUUUUGUGCCUGUUUAUUUUUCAUAAAUGAGGCCAACUGUAUAUUGGCAUUUAAUUAUUUUCAUGCUGCCAGCCCAUCUCUUCUGGGAACAACUGACUUACAGGGCAGUGUAAGCAUUUGCACAUCAUGUCAGACCGCCUCACUGGGGAGAAACUUUAACUAGACUGUAAUUUUCAAGCAACUUCUAAUUGCUACAAAAAGGGGAAUAGAACAUUAAAUCAUCAGUUGUUGGACUUGAAAAUUGUUAUCAGUGCAAGAUUGCUUUUGCAGAACAAAAUGUAAUGACUUUCUUAUCUAAAAAGUGGCAUUGAAUCUGUUUUAGUCAGAGAAAACAAAAGUGCUAUGCUUGUGGGGACCAGUUCUCUAUUAGGGAAACUUGCUUUAUUCUAUAUGAAAAUCUAUAUAGCAAAUGAAUUAUUUCAUAGAAUGCACAAACCUGAAAUAAAUAUAUUUAAGCUUUUAUCUUAACUGGGACAGUAAAGAUAACUAACUUUGGUCAGAGUUCUUUGGGGUGGAUGCUGCAUAUUCACACUUAGGGGAAGGACCAGUCAUAAACAUCCCCUGCAUGAUGGAACCGAACUAACCACUACAGGGAGCUUUUGCUGUAUCUGUCAACAACUUCUUCCUUUGCCCCUCAACAGUCAAAGUAUUGAAAAGUACAUAGGAAUCUUGACACCUUCACUCUUUUCUACUGUUUCAUUAUGUUCAAGACAUAAUUAAGAUUUUGAAGAAAAAGAGCAUGGAAAGGAAGAUAACGUGAAUCCCAGAAUCCAUCUUGAAACAAUCCAGCUAUAUAUAAGAAACUUCAAUUUCUUCUUCAAAUGGCUUUUAAACAUUCCUGUUUAUAAAAGAUGACGGAUAUCUACACAUCAGAGACUACAAAAAGGUGAAAAUUAAUUAUAGAUCUGCGUUGUCAACUUAAGGAUCAGGUCUGGAUGCAGGUGUGCACAUCAGCAUUUUUUAAAUGUGCAUAUGUAUCUCGGAACAGGAACUGCGCAAACUUCUGUGAUCGCAGUAAGUUGAAAUCAGACUAGUAAAGGAGCCCUUGGUUUAUUAGAAUGGGAUUUUAUGCCUUGAAGUUACUAAAUUGUACGCUUGAAACAAUACCUGAUCUAACCCAUCUUGAUGAUGGUUGUAAAGAGAAGACUCAAUCCCCUCUGUUACAAUAAUAAUAAACUGCUUUGAGGAAGUCUGAAUUCCUCAGUCUUAUCCAAACAGCAAACCAAAGCCUGCUUAGGCUAUAAACAUACAUUCCUUUGGCUGGCAGCUGUACUACUUAAUAUAUUGCUUACAAUUAUUUGUCACUGUGGGAGUCCAAUGCUGCUUAGCUUAGACAGGGAAAGGGACCAUGCAAGCACUGCCCAAUCUAUUCCAGGUAACAGCAACUGGCAUAAGCCAGUGGUCAAGAGUGAUGUAAGGUACCUCUAUGGCUUUGUCCACAGGACUGCAGCAGAUGGGAGGAGGGUAGAUGGCAGGGGGGCUGCUUCUACAGUCUGUUUUGCUGGCAGGCAGGUGGAAAAGGUCGCUUCCCUCUCGGGAUAGCCAAGUCACUGCAAUUCCAUCUUCAGCUGCACAGGCCAGACCUGGAAGAGGACACCUGCCUACAAUCUUAAGGUGGAAUUAAUUUUAAUUGACUUUCGACACCUGCAGUGUGGACAUCUGCAACUUGACCAAUCAGUUUAAGCUCUGUUUACAGUUAGUGGAGUUAAAUAGGCAGCUUUAGACAUCUGUUUUAGGGUAUGGUGAAUUGUGUAUUGUGUCUAUUUCUUUUCAUCAAUAAGAGUCCCAGGUGACUGGCUGCUGUGUAGAUAGCUUCAUUAUAGAUGCUCAUAUUUGUGAGCUGAUUUCCCCUGGUUGGUGUCUCUCUUACAUGUCCCUAUGGGAGCAAUUUAGUGGGUGUUGCUGCUUGAAUCCCACAGUGUGAAUUGGGAGGUCCUAAUGCUGGACCCAGUAGGAGUAGAAAUCUACAGAGAAACUAACUGGAUUUUAUCUAUCUAUUUAAAAAAUGAAAUGUGAGUGAAUAGAUGUUCAGGCAGCUAUAGCUGUUAAGCUGUUACUGUGCGUAUAAAGUCCUCAGGAUAAAGAGAGCAAUUUCAGUAGUGUUUUUUCUGUUGAUAUUUUUAGGAUCAGAUAGUGUUUUAAAGUCUGUUCUAUUCAGUGAGACUUGAAAGUUUCAGACAAGAUGUGCUAAUUAAGAUUUGACUUUUUUUUUACAGAUGCUAUUUAUUUUUAUUUCUGCUUGUGCCUUAAGUGUUUAAUGAUUAAUAGAAUUCACUUGGAGAAGGGAACUAGAAAAUACUUACAUUGUAAGGAGAGUAAAAUAGUGAAAUGGUGUUGGUUUGCUGUAAGCAGUAUGUGAUGUUCUGCAGCAACUCAGUGCAAAAAAUAUUUCUGCAUGGGUAUAGUUGGCAAAACUUAAUACCCAGGUGACUCAAGAAUUUAAAAUUAUUCUCAUGAUCUUUUUAAUGCUGAUGCUUUUCUUCAGCAGGAGUAUUCAGUGAAUGGAAGAUCCGUCUUCUAUUUUAAACGGCUUAAAAGCUUAUACAAGCUGUGCUUUAUUGCUGUAUGCUUUUGUGCUGCUGCCUUUUUGCUUGGGAAUUUGAGCUAGAUCCUGCUUUGUCUUCAGGUUUCUCCGACUGUGGGCUUCAGGGUCUCUCUUCAUAUUUCUAUUACUUGAAGUACAGUUCUUUCAUGUAAGCCUGUAACUCCUGUAUUUCAGUAAAUGUUAGAUUCUGCAUAAUCAUUUUACUUCCUCUGUUUCUCAUGUUAAGGUACCUGACAGUUAAGUAACCCAAGUCCUUUUUCAUAUUAAAAAAUUGUGGUGUUUUUUUUUUCUUUUAAUUACAAGCACUGAUUGGUCUUAUAAUAUUUCAGAUCCACAUAAUACAAAACAAUGAAGCUGUGAUGGGACAAAUUCUCAGUGUACAUAAAUUAAUGCACCUUUCAAAGAUUUUCUGCCUCAGCCAAUUUAGUCUGAGGACCUAAGACCUAACUAACCCCUUAUUUGUUAAAGACUUUAUUAUUUCUUAACAGUGUUUUGGCUUAGAAGAUAAAUUUCAUAGAAUAACAGAAUGGUUGAGGUUGGAAAGGACUUCUGGAUGUCCAGCCCAGGUCAUCUAGUCCAAAUCUAUUUGACACAUAUAUAAACUUUUGUUUGCUUCUUCUACUAAUGCAGUAGUUUCUGAAGAAGAAAAAAAGAUGUCUCUCCACCACCCUUUCAAAAACAGUUGUAUGGGCUUUAUGUCUAUUUCAAGGAAUUGCACUGAUCUUACUGCCAGCUGAACAUACAGAUUUCCAUAACCAGAAAGAUGAACAGAACUAUACAUUCCCGUAGGUGCUCAGGAAGGAGGGAACACACUGCCAGUAGCUACUAGGCCUGCAUUCAGGUGACAUUUUGUGUCAUGGGUCCUCUUUAAGACCAAAUGGAAUGAGAAGACAUUUAUAUCGGGUGCAGUUCCACCUUCAUGUUAUUCUGGAUAGCUGUGGAGAUGUAGAGUCUGAAUUUGAUAAAAUAUGUAUUUUUCUACUGCAAAUCUUUUAUGCAAAUGUACCUCCUGUGCUUACUGGUAUGUGAAAUACAUCCUUCUAGGCUUGGAAAAUUCACCAGAAGGCCUCUGUCUUUUUCACACCAGAAACAGCCAUCCAGUAACACAGCAUAAAAUAACCAGUUUCAUACUGCAGUGAGGGUAAAACUGCCUGUAGCUUGUUACCAUAUCUGAUAAGUUCUCUGUAUAGCACAACCUGUGAAAUCUAUGCAGCUUCAGCCUUCCGAUUCUCUGCUCUAAGUGCCAAUGCUUUCUGCUCUUGCUGUUGCCUCUACUGCUAGUGCCAAUCCAGUGAGAUGUGCAUGAAAUACUUGAAUUUGACUAAAAUAAUGAAUUUUAAGUUGACUGAAAAAUGUCUGUGUUUUUGCAAAGGCUUAAUAAACAUUAAAUGAUGUUC